AUGACAACAACAGCCACAACAACAACAACAACAACAAAAACCAACAACAACACCGGCUUUAUAUCAACACCCACAUAUUGUGUCGCUGGCGCCAUGGGCAACAUUAGCAUUCAGUUGGAUGCACGCGCCUAUGCUAUGGCCUCCGUUGCCGUUGCCCUCGAGCAGCAGCAGCAACAGCAGCAACAGCAACAACAGCAUCAGCAACUGCAACAGUUACAACAGUUGCAGCAACUUCAACUACAGACACGCGACGCCGCCGACGAGGAAGUUGAGCUGUAUGCCAAUUUUGAAUUGGCGCCAAGCACCAGUCGCGUCGCCGCCCAAAUGCAGGCGGCCAAGGAGGCCAGACGCAAGCGUUGGGCUGCCGAUGGCGCCAGCGGCAGCAGCGACGGCGGCUGCGCCAGUGGCAGCAGCGGCAGCGGUCGGCGUUACUAAACAGAAAAUACAAAACCUGACCUAAAACCAAAACCCAAA